CCCAUUUGGAAUGCAGCCUUCCGAGUGAAGAGGCCUGUCGGAUGGUUUCCCUGGUUGAGCUGUGAGCUUUGAUUAGAGCCCAGAUUCCGCUGUCCCUGAGCGCUACAAUGAGGUUGACAGGGCUGAUCCGGAUAGCGGCCAUGCUGUUCUCGCUGGGCACCGCCUGGCUCUUUGUACAGACGUACUUCAACACCGGAUGGAAGGUCGUCAGUCUGCGGAGCUGGCUGGGUUCCGAGCCCGACCUGCCCAAGACCCAGCCCCUGCAAAACAAGUGUGGUAAUCACAAAAGUUGUCCCGAAAGCACUUUUGCAUUUAAAAUCUCGAGUGGAGCAGCCAAUGUUGUUGGGCCUUCUAUGUGCUUUGAAAAUACGAUUAUCAUGAGUGGCGUGAAGAACAACGUUGGCAGAGGGUUAAACAUCGCACUAGUAAACGGAACAAAUGGCCAGCUCAUGAAAACAGACUCCUUCGACAUGUAUGCUGGAGAUAUCAAGCUGCUACUGGACUUCCUGAAAGCCAUCAAAAGUGGCACCAUAGUGAUAGUUGCCUCCUACGAUGACCCAGCAACAAAGCUGAACGAUGAAGCACGGACGUUAUUCACCGACCUGGGAAGUAGCCAUGCGAGCAAGCUGGCCUUCCGAGACAACUGGACUUUCGUAGGCGCAAAAGGGCUCAAGGAUAAAAGCCCCUAUGAACAGCACUUAAAAAAUGAAGCGGCAAAAAACAAAUAUGACGGCUGGCCUGAAGUUCUGGAAAUGGAGGGCUGUGUCCCAAAGAAGAUGGAUUAGCAGUGUGCUGAAGUCAGAACAACGCCCGCAUCGAGCCUUAUUUAACAAUACAUUCCUGUUUGGCCGGAAGAAGGCAUUUCCGACUGAAUCCGGCAUAUGGACUGAUCCCAGCUCCAUGACAGCUCCAGCCAACUGGCUGUUUUAAAAUCACCAGCCAACUUACAAUGGUGGCUGAAUGCUGCUUUAAAAACCUGUAGGCUAUGGUAUACUACACCAGCUAUGAAAUCAUUGCAAAUGUCUAAGCUUUCAGCCUGCUGCUCUAUUACAUUAAUAAGGCACAUGUUGAGGUGAAGGCAGUAAUGUCAAUAUCAGGCAUUUAAUUUUCCUGGCUGUCUCAAAACAAUAAGUGCACAACUCCACUUGGGAAGAAAUUGCUUCAGCUUCUGCUUCUUGAGUUGCUAAAAGUGAUUUUAACCGUUUAAAUCCUCCCACGUUGUUUCCAAGAAAAGAGAUCAGAGACCAGGGGGCUUUUCAGCCUUGCUGACAAAGGCAGAACAAAAUCUAGUGGCUGGAAGUCGAAGUUAGAUCAAUUCAACCUUGAAAUAAGAUGCCAUUUCCUAGCAAGGAGGGGGAUUAAACAUUGGAACAACUUGCUGGGGAGGUGGUGCGCUCGCUGUCACUUGGAGUCUUUGAGACAAGUUUUGAUCUCUUUUUUAAGUAUACACUUUAACCCAGCUUCUAGGAGAAAUUCUAAAGCAUUUGUGGGUGGGGGGGCUGGAUGUCAUGGUGGCCUUGGAAUGUGGGAAUCCUAUGACUCCCCCUGUUUGUUCCCUUCCUUCAUGGGCCACGGGGAGGCCAGGAAGCUCUGCACUGCCCUCAGCGUGCUCAUAACACUUGCAGUUCUGCAUUAUGAGAAUAACUGUAAUCAAAUCUCAUGCUUCAGGGCUACAGUCGGUCACCUGCAGUGGUCAGGAAGGGAUCUUUCUGCCCAGUGAACAGUUGGACUGAUGUGUUCUGAGAUUUUUUUUUCUCACCUUCCUCUGAAGCAUUAGGGAUUGGGCACAGCCAGAGUGAGGACACCGAACAGGGUUCACCAGUGCUCACGUGGUCCAGAAAAUCCUCUUUCUUGGCUGCCUGGCUGGUGAGUCUGGCUCACAUGUGCAGGGUCAGACUGAUCCCCAGAUCUGUGGUCAGGAAGGAAUUUCCCCCCAGCUCAGUUUGGCAGGGACCGUGGGGGGUGGGUUUCGCCUUCCUCUGAAGCAUGGGGCUGGGAUGUCUGAGCAUGUGUCACCUAAUCAAUUCCCCACCAUUGCAGUAGCCUCAGGCACUGGUGACACCACGGUCCCUCCUUUACUCUGCCUGUGGCACCCAACAGUUUAGUCUCCUGAUGAAUGAACUCCUUUAGCCUAACUAAAGUCACUGGGCUCAAUACAGGGGUAAGUGAGUGAAAUUCUCCGGCCUGUGAUGUGCAGGAGGUCAGAGGAGAUGGCCCAAUGGUGCCUUUUGGUCUUAAACUCUAUGAAACUAUGUAACACUUCAAUAUUCUAUGUUCAAAUAGGUUCCA